GGUGUUGGUGAACAGGCAGCGGAGGAGGACACGCCCAGUCUGUCUCAAUCAAUCGGGAACCAGACGGAGAAAAAAGGCAAAGGCGGAUUUGGCCGAUGAUCAACCUUGUGGUCGGCAUCAUUUAACUUUAACUGGGAAUUGCAGAAGUAAGUUUCAACCGAAGUUGGUCGGCAAAAAUGUUUGGAUGCAUGACCAGACGGAUCCAGGACUACAUCGUGGAGAGAAAAAGAUGCAAAACCAGACUAGUUACCAAAGAUGGUCGCUGCAACAUUGAAUACGGGAACGUCAAGUACAGCAGCCGGUUGCAUUUCCUGACUGACUUCUGGACCACCUUCGUGGAGAUCCGGUGGCGUUUUGUCCUGUUCAUUUUCUCCGCCUCCUUCACCCUCAGCUGGUUCUUAUUUGGCCUACUGUGGUACUGGAUUGGGCACAGCAACGGAGACCUGACGUGGCAACAACCGCCACCCGAGCACAUGCCAUGUGUCGCUAAUGUGGAUGGACUCACCACAGCUUUCCUUUACUCCUUUGAAACCCAGACAACCAUCGGGUAUGGUGGUCGAGCGCUUACCCCUCACUGCCCAGGUGCCGUGGCCGUUCUCAUCAUCCAGUACCUCCUUGGAACCAUUCUCAAUUGCUUCUUGUGCGGAGUCAUCCUGAGCAAAAUCUCUUUGCCCAAGAAGAGGGCAAAGAGCAUCUCGUUCAGUAACAUGGCCGUUAUCAGCCCCAAAAAUGGUUUCCUCUCCCUGUCGAUCAGAGUGGCUAACCUGCGCAAGACCCUCAUGAUAGGAAGCCAGAUCUAUGGCAAGUUGCUGAGGACAACGUACACGCCCGAAGGGGAGACGAUCAUCAUGGACCAGGUGAGCAUCGACUUCACGGUGGACGCCGGGAAGGACAACCUCUUCUUUGUGUGUCCUCUCACGCUCUACCACAUCAUCGACAAAAGUAGCCCCUUCUUCGACAUGGCCGUGGACACGCUCCACAAACAAGAGUUUGAGCUGGUCGUCUUCUUCGACGGCACCGCAGAGUCCACCACCUCUGCUUGUCAAGUCCGGACCUCCUUCCUUCCUCAGGAGAUCAUGUGGGGCUACAACUUCUUACCCAUCAUCUCCAGAAGCAAGGAGGGCAAGUACAAAGUAGACUUCUCCAACUUCUCCAAGGUGGAGUCAGUGGCCACAGCGCACUGUGCCUACUGCUUCCACAACAUUAAGGGUCACCACCAUCACACCAUAGAUGGACAGGACAACCAGGGCUUUGCGGUGAUUGAAAUCAAUGAUCCGCAUAGCACCAAGAUGUGAGAUCCUGGACACGGAGUAACGGACUGUAGAAACUUCUACAGGCAGUGGCUGUCAUGGACGAACGCCUCAAAUCUCAAGUACCUGGCAGAUGGGGUUACCUCAUGGCACAUUGUGUGACAUUUAAACAUGAAGUCGUCUCUUGUAUUUGUUUUCCUAUUGUGUUUAACUUAGAUUAGAAUGGCGUCUGUGGGCCACUACAUUGUUUGUGAACCAUUUGUAUGCAAAAACACACCUGUCAAUGUCUGCUGAAAAAAUCCUAACCUGUUUGACCAAAGGGACAUUGGGACAGGCUACAAUUCAGCAAUGGAGACGGAAAGUCUCCUUUUUUUAAAUGAAUGAAAUCUUUAAUCCUGUGUGUAAAUCUUACAAUUACUUGCUGCUGGUGAGGACCAUGCUUUUUUCACGAGCGAGAUAAAAGAUGAAGUUGCUUGUUAUGUAAUUUAGGCUACUAAAUGGUUGGCCGCUGUACACAAGGAGACACUUGGGCUGUAUUCGAAUAGUCAAAAACGUCUGUCCCUCCUUGACCUCUGUGGAAAACAUCACGCGGUCAAGGAAAGAUGCUUAAGGAAUUAUCUCGUUUCCUUUUGUAAAGGAUGGUCCAGUGGCUCCUAUGAUAAAGGAACUAAAGGAAGCAUUAAAGCUCUUAUCAUGAAAGGCACUUAAAUACUUUUUACUCAUUUUACUCAGUUAGGAACCUUCCAAAAGCAAAUUCGACAAUUUGCAUCCACCCUUGGACUUGAGCCAUUAGAGUGUGCUUAACUGUUCAGACGCACAGGCUCUGGCAAAGGGCGGAGCUCAGGGGCCACUCUUUUCACACAGUGGGUGAAGGAGUUGUGGUUUUCUCCUUGAGUGAAGACUUUGUGAGAGAACAAUGCUUUCAGGAACCCGGCAUGGUGCACUGAAUGGUAUAAUAAUCAAUUGUCUGCGUAUUUGUUUUUGUAUUUUAUCUCAGGGGAAAAAGACACAGAAAUAAAAGCUAUUUUCGCAUUGAAAA